AUGUGGAAACGUUGGUUCUUUGGGUCGUCGUCUUCUCAACAUGUUUCAAGGACCUCCGUUGACGAAGAGGCUUUAGCCGAAUAUGUCUACUCCAAAGUUAUUUAUCAAGCUGGCGUUGACUUUGAAAGCAAACCAAUGGUAGUGGUUUGCGCGUGUAAUUUGCCAAAUCCCUCGAAUGUCGAUUAUGAUAAAAUUUUGGCACGAAUUCUACUUAAGCUUGAUUUGUUUGUCGAAAGUGAUUAUACUGUUGUCCUAUUUUUGGGAGGCGCGAAACAUAAUCCGGGAUGGUCCUGGAUGUUUCGAGCGUACAAAAGCCUGAGUAGAAAGUAUAAGAAAAACCUCAAGUCCUUCUAUAUAGUCCAACCGUCCUCUUGGGUUCGCUUAUAUUUUGAUUUCAUGAAUGCAGUGAUAAGUCCGAAAUUUGCCAAAAAAGUCAAAUAUGUGCACACCCUUUCGGCGUUGGCUGAGUUUGUUCCAAUCACGCAAAUCGACAUACCGCCGGCCGUUUAUGAGUAUGAGGAUAGAAUUACAUUACCGCAAUCACUGGAUUUUGGCGAUGACGGACCUUUAAUGUUUGGUGUCCCGAUCGAUGAGCUUAUGGGCUCCGAAGGAGAACAUGGUUUACCGAAGGUGGUCAAGGAUUGUGUAACGUUUCUACGAUCUGAAGGUUUGGACACUGAGGGUAUAUUUCGCAGGUCACCCAGUUCGGUUUUGUUGAGGCAGGCGAAAGAUGCUUACGAUAGAGGGAAUCCGAUCAAUCUGCAUGACUACGGAGUCCACGUCGCGGCUGUUCUGCUUAAAAUGUUUUUUAACAACCAACCGGUUGCCGUUUUCCCAGCGGGAACCUAUGACGCCCUUAAGCAAAUCCAGCAUAAACCGCAUCCUCUGGGAAGGAUUGAGUUCAUACGCAGCAAUGUUUUUCCGCAAUUAUCGCAUGCAACGAUUCUUCUGCUUCGAUAUGUGUGCGAACUUCUCGUGGAUAUUUCGAAACAUAAGGACAAAAAUCUAAUGACACCACACAACCUUGCAAUUAUGUUCGCUCCAAAUCUUGUGCACAGUGGCAACCCGUUGAUAGAUGUUAGCAUGUGUUCUCUAAACCGUGGCGAUGUGAACGGCGGAGGUGUCGGAAUAUUGAUGAAACUUGCUAUAGAACAUUAUGAUCUCAUAUUUGAAGGAUACGAGGAACCUGAAAAUCGAACCAGUAACGCGAUAGAAAGUAGAGCUGAAUCAAUGUCGUCAUCGAUGACGGAUUCCAUAGAGACGCCGGUGAGUUCACCCGCUCCACCAUCAACACCGCCAAAAUAUCCAUCAAUUAAGAAAACGAGAGGUCUCGCCGCCUUAGGAGCUUCGAGUGGUUCAGAUUCAGUUCGAGUUGGCGCAGGUGUAAGGAUUAGUGGCGUAAAGGUGCAAGGAAUGGUCGUGAAUCAACCAAAUGUGCCUUACAGAGAUGACCCAGAUUCUCUGAAAUCGAUGACCUCGAUCGAAGAUGCGCAUAGUAGUACCCUGACGGUGCCAUUCGAGUUCUUUCGAGAACUAAAUCUUAACGAUGAUCUCGAGACUGUGCAGUUCGUUGAACUUCCGUGA